AUGACGGACGCAGACGACGAAGAGGAGGGAAACGAGCCCCCGACGGUCUACGAUCUCAUGCAGGAAGUGGCUCGCCUGCAGCAGGUGGUGCGUGACAUCGGACAUGAUGACCCCAGCAUUUUCACGGACGACUACGCGGUUCGCGACUCCUAUUCGGCUGAGCGUACACCACCCCGCUACAAACAAAAAAUCCGCACGGUCAGCGGCGGAUCUGACACCUUCAAGACUGGCAUCUACUCUGGACGAAAGAUCGCUACCAAUGUGGGCAACAUGUCGCCUUACAAAAGUGUAGGUGCGAUGGCUCGCGGUGAGUUUGAUAGCUCGGGACUGAAGACACCACCCCCAAAACGACGCGAAAACUUGACGCCUGCUGUCUCCCGUACAGUGCCGCGGCCCACACGUGUGGCAGCUCUGACACGAGAGAACAUUUCGCUGCUUCCAACGCCCAAGGCGCAGAACUUUACCGCCUCUGUAUGUGGCUCGCAAAAGUCGCGCACAAGCAUUCGCACGGACGGCGGUGCCGUUUUCUCUCGGCUAUAUCAGCCAGAUUUUUACAAGAACCGCGAGGAGAAGUUCAAAAGCAUGCGCGACCGUCGCGAGAGUCUUGAUUGCUCGUUUACUCCGCGAAUCAACAGACGUGAUUCAUUCUCGUCGCGAGACUCGAUCGGCUCGGGUUCGCAGGCGUCGAUGACAUCCGCCAAGACAGACGUCGUGAAUGUAUCCAGUCGUCUGUACGAUCCGGACUACGUGCGCAAGCGCAACGCACGGCUGCAGCGCAUGCGACAAGAGCGCGAGCUGCGUGAGUGUACCUUUACGCCCGCCAUUAACGCAAACGCGAGUGCUACACCCCGCAAGAAGCUGUAG